GAUGGUCGGGCAGACACAGGCUGUCUGUGCUCCGGAGACAGGUGGGCAGAGGGCGGCGGAGGAGGAGGAGGACCGGGCUGAGCGGAGACCAUGCGGAGGAUCGGACUCAUCCUCCUGGGCACCAGCCUGCUGCUCGUCCUCAUCACCGUCUGGCUGGCCAUAGGAGAGGCCCCCCGGUACAGUUUGCAUCUGUCCAUAAGACCCACACAGCAGGAUAAGUCAGAGGGAUCCACCCACCUUUCUCAUCAGUUCAUAUGGAGCAGUAAGAAGCCAGGAAACAUCACCACCAGAGUGGGGCUAGUCAAGCCUGAAAUCAGCCACAUAAUCCCAGCACACAACAACUACACAGCCAGCUUCGUCUGCAGAGAUGUACAGGAUCGCCUUUUGUCGGUUUCUUUGAGGAAGCGGUAUUCAGAAGAUUAUUACAUCCAGGCUGUUAAUGACGUACAGAACUGUACAUGGAAGAAGAGACCCCAAGAAUACAGCCGAUUCAGACUCUACUUGUCUUCGUGCUGCAAUGCAGUUAAUAACUUCAUCGUCUCUCAGAACAAUACCUCGCUGGGAAGUAAUAUCACGUAUGAGGUGGAAAGUAAAAAGAAUAUUUUAAUUGCAGAGGACAUUUACAGAAUGCUGCCUAAGUCACAGCCCUUUGAUGGAAUUCCCUUCAAGCAAUGCGCAGUGGUUGGCAACGGUGGAAUAUUAAAGAACAGCAGCUGCGGGGCUGAAAUUGACCAAUCAGAUUUUGUCUUUCGGUGUAACCUUCCACCCAUUUGGGGUAAUGUCAGUAUUGAUGUUGGAAAUAAGACGGACCUUGUCACAGUGAAUCCCAGCAUCAUUGCUCUGAAAUAUGGAAAACUCAAUGACAUGAAAACCGCCUUUCUGAAAAACCUCACCAAUUAUGGUUACUCGUUCCUGUUGCUGCCUGCAUUUUCCUAUAGCAGUAACACAGCCAUCUCUUUCGAAGUCCACCACCUAUUGAAGAAAUACCAAGCUAAACAGAAAGCUAUCUUCUUUCAUCCCAACUACCUUAAAAGCCUUGCUCAGUUUUGGAAAGGGAGGGGCGUCCGGGCAUACCGCCUGUCCACUGGAUUUAUGAUAACCAGCGCGGCUAUAGAACUCUGUCAGGACAUCACACUGUAUGGAUUCUGGCCUUUCUCUAAAAACCUGGACGGGAAACCCAUCAGCCACCACUACUACGACAACCAGCUACCAAAGCCUGGCUUUCAUGCCAUGCCCAAAGAGUUUUAUCAAGUUCUUCAACUCCAUCAUAAAGGAGUUCUGAAGCUCCAACUUGGUGAAUGCGAGAAAAGAUGAGAAUCUAAAGGUCUUUUUUUAACUUAUUCAAAUGCUAAUGCUGUCUCCAAUCAAGAUUUGCAUCUGGAUAUCUUUGGACCUCAGAGGUUACCAUAACUUCCAUUAUGGAACAGUUUAAGAAUCAGUACAUAAAGAAAUGUUGUCAAUUGUAAACGUCAUUUGGAAUUCUUGGUCCACCACAGAUUCCAUUAUGGACACUGGAGACACAAGAGCUGAUAACAAUCAAAUUGCCAAAUUUGAAUUUCAUUUAUAAGUGUAUUGACCUUACAAGGCCACCAUGGGUUUCACUAUGGAUCACACUAUGAAGCAGUGAAAAAAGAUCAAAUUGCUUUUGGAGGACUUUGUCUAGGUGACUUCACAGGCCACCAUAUUUACAUGUGUGGACAUUUUUUGGGAGUGGUAUUGGUCUUUGGUGCACAUACCAGAUAAACAGGAUAUUUGAUAUGUAAUCUGGAAAGAUUUAUUAAACAAAAACGUUACCACUUUCUGCAUUAGCAAAUACAAGAAGGUUUUUUAUUUUUACCACUACUGAGUUGUUCUCCAUCAACUUAAAUAUAAUUUUUUGUUCGUAGUCCUAAUGAACAUCUUAUGAGAAGGACACUUGUGCAAUACAAAUCUUCAUUUGUUUCCGAUCCAAAAAUAAUGGACUUGAACUGCACUAUAAUUUCCAUCCAUUUUUUUGCAAAGCAGGAGGAGAAACCAUGACGAUGGAUAUAUUUUGAGUGGAAAAUAGGCACUUAAAGUGAUUUUAAAGAUGUAUUAUUAACUUGAUUGCAAAGAUUGCUUUUUACUUUCCUUUUACGAAUCAAUUUUCUUUUGUGCUUUUAUGACGUUUUAAAAAAGUAUAGAUAUAUUUAUUUAUGUACGUGUCAAACAAACUCAGGAGCUCAGUUGACAAAAUUUUCAACUUGAAAUUGUUUACAUUUUUUAUGCUUUAAAUAGACGCGAAAAAGUAUUUUUGUUAGUGAAUGGACAUGUCAGGUGAAGAAUGCCAAAUUAACAAGGGGACUGAUGAAAACUCAAGAAAACCUUGUUUUUAUAGCUAGUAAACAUAUUAUACUUGU